UCCCCCAAGCUUUUCUUUCACCUACUUCAUCACUCACCCACCAGCUCUCUCUCUCCUUCAACGACGAUCUGCUUCUCCGGCUUGAUCUUACCUCCGACGAUCGGAAAAGAUCCAAUCUGAUCGAUUCAAAUCCGUUAAUCUUACGAAAAAACCGAAAGCAAAGAAGAAACUAUGGCGUUUGAGAAGAUCAAGGUGGCAAAUCCCAUCGUCGAGAUGGAUGGUGAUGAAAUGACUAGGGUUAUCUGGAAGUCGAUCAAGGAUAAGCUGAUUACUCCUUUUUUGGAGUUGGAUAUCAAGUACUUUGACCUUGGUCUACCUCACCGUGAUGCUACAGAUGACAAAGUUACUAUUGAAAGUGCUGAAGCUACUAAGAAGUACAAUGUGGCGAUCAAGUGUGCUACCAUCACUCCAGAUGAAGGCCGUGUCACUGAAUUUGGCUUGAAGCAGAUGUGGAGAAGUCCAAAUGGGACCAUCAGGAAUAUCCUGAAUGGAACUGUUUUUAGAGAACCAAUUAUGUGCAAAAAUGUUCCCAAGCUUGUCCCAGGCUGGACAAAGCCCAUUUGCAUUGGAAGACAUGCUUUUGGUGAUCAGUAUCGUGCCACUGAUGCUGUAAUCAAGGGACCAGGAAAACUGACUAUGACCUUUGAGGGAAAAGACGGGAAAACUGAAACCGAAGUCUUUACAUUUACCGGUGAAGGUGGUGUUGCUAUGGCAAUGUACAACACUGAUGAGUCCAUCCGUGCUUUUGCUGAUGCAUCAAUGAACACUGCUUAUGAGAAAAAAUGGCCGCUUUAUCUUAGCACAAAGAAUACCAUUCUUAAGAAAUACGAUGGCAGAUUCAAAGACAUCUUCCAAGAAGUCUAUGAAGCCAGCUGGAAGUCAAAGUAUGAGGCUGCUGGAAUAUGGUAUGAACACCGUCUCAUUGAUGAUAUGGUGGCCUACGCUCUUAAGAGCGAGGGAGGCUAUGUGUGGGCAUGCAAAAACUAUGAUGGUGAUGUCCAAAGUGAUUUCUUGGCACAAGGGUUCGGAUCACUUGGAUUGAUGACAUCUGUUCUGGUCUGCCCGGAUGGGAAGACAAUUGAAGCUGAAGCAGCCCAUGGAACGGUCACCCGUCACUACAGAGUUCACCAGAAAGGUGGUGAGACCAGCACAAACAGCAUAGCUUCCAUCUUUGCUUGGAGUCGUGGACUUGCACACAGGUUACAACAACAACAACAAAAUGUCUCUAAAUAUUUUUUCAUUAAUAGGAUGAUGAUUAUAUAUAAGCCUAUGUCUUUUAAACAGGGCCAAGUUAGACGACAACGCAAAACUCUUGGAGUUCACCGAGAAGCUCGAAGCUGCUUGUGUUGGAACAGUGGAGUCAGGAAAAAUGACCAAAGAUCUUGCACUCAUCAUUCACGGCUCAAAGCUCUCGAGGGACACUUACUUGAACACGGAGGAGUUCAUUGAUGCAGUCUCUGCUGAGCUCAAAGCAAGACUAGGCGUCAAAGCUUAAGAAAAUUUGGAAAAAAUUCGAACGUUUCAGUUCCUAAGUUUCUUACAUGGUUAGUGGGGUUGGUUGGGAUCGGAAGGAAUAAAAAAAUGUAACUUUGGUGGAGAGGAAUGUUGAGAACGAUUUGUUUCCUCUCUUAUAACGUUUCUAAAUUAUUGAAACAUGUUUCCAUUUUUAUUCAGAACUCAAUUUUAUGUUU